ACUGCUGCUGCUGCUGCUACUGCUGCUGCUUACAGGAAAGAAGAAGUCGCUUUCAUUACGUCUUCGGCUAGACCCCGAUUGGAUGAAAAAAUUAAGGGGAAACAAAUCGCACAGCAACGCCUUCUUCAUGACCAACCCCAACAAAUAAUAGAUAGCAACACUCUAUUAAUAAGAAAAUGUGAAGCAUGUCCUACCAAUAAUUAUUAUGAUAAGAAUCGUUAUAUCAAUAAAUCGCCGACAAGUUUCAUAAACAAGUCUUCGUCUUCAUCAACAACAGAUUAUACUCCUUCAUCUCAACAUAACAAUACAAUCACGUCGUCUGAUAAAACAAUCACAAAGGUACAAGAAAAGGAAGAAACGAUGAAACAAAUUGAAACAACCAUAAACGAUUUAAAAUCAUGCAGUAUUCACUGUGUGAAUCAUAUUCAUAAAAUAUUAUCUAAAUCGACUGUUUUAUUAUCAUCACAACAAAAAAGCCGAAAGCUAAUAACCACCACUACUGAAAGUAAAAACUCAAUGAAGGCAUUUAUAAAAGAAUGUAAAACUCUUUUAUUGGAACAACAGAAUUCAUUUAAUCAAUUUGAAGAAGUUAUGGUUGCAUUUUUAGAAGAAGAGGAAUCAAAACACUCUUCUAUAGACGAAGAGCAUAAGAAUGAAUCUUCUUUAUUCAAGUCUAUAUGUCCAGAUUGGUUUUUGUCAAUCAUUAACCAUAAAUCAACUUCUCAGAAAGAUGAUACAGUUUUCUCAUUUCAAGGGGUCUGUGCGACUAUUGAAGCAUCGUCCUACAUCCCCAAUAGAUUAUUAGCUAAAGAUAAACACUACUUGCCUUCUCAUAAUAACUCAAUACCUUAUUAUUUUCGUUACUCACUUCAACUUACUCUUACUGAUCGACAAAAUAAAUUUUCUCUCAAGUCUAUAAAUGAAUGGGAAAAAGAUGAAAAAAUAAGUCAUUGUCAAGACAAGAAUUGUCGACAAGAGUUCAAUUGGUUUCAACGUAAACAUCACUGUAGAAGAUGUGGACAUAUUUAUUGUAAUACACACAGUGGAAAUCGAUUACCAUUGUUUACUGCAGAGAGCUUGAAUACGCCUAUAUUUUCUCGUGUUUGUGAUACUUGUUUCUUUAAUUUAGUAAGAGAAGAUUCAUUAACUAAUUUAUAAUUAUCUACAUGAAGGUAUAUAUGAUUUCCUCUUUCCUUCUUUAUAUGCAUAUAUGUAUAUAUAUAUAUAUAUUUAUGUCUAUAUCAAUAUAUACAUGUAUAAAUUGGUUAAGAAAAAGCAAGUACUAUAUAUUAACUCUUGAUUAUUGAUAUUAUUUAAUGUACCACCGAAAUGACCAAAGUCUCUUUAAUUUAAAAGAAAAGAAAAGAAAAAAAAAACCGGUAUUGCAUUUCUAUACAUUAAUUCAAUUUGUCUACAUUUGAAUAAUCGAGUAUUUAUAUAUGCC